CCUCCCUCUCACAUACUCACACACAGGCCAUAUGACUGAGUCAAGCUCAGUUUUUAGUUUGUAGCAGAGUUGAGAUAAGGCUUUCUGGGAAAUGUAGACAGGCUGGACGGCAUUCCAUUUAGAAAUAAUCAUGUGUGCUCAAUAGCUGGGACUUUCUUUAUCACUCUAAGAUACUUGGAUAUAUAAAGUCAGCCUCGCAAGAUGCCCCUGAUGGCCACGUCUGCCCCCCGGUCGUCUGUGUUUACAUUUGAGUCUACAGUACAUUCCUCCCAUGUGCUGCGCUGCCUGGACGAGCAGCGUCGCCGAGACACAUUGUGUGAUGUUACCGUGGUGGUGGAGGGUCAAAGUUUCAGAGCCCACCGCUCAGUGCUCGCUUCCUGUAGCGAGUACUUCACACACAAGAUCUCCUCCCUCACACAGCAUGGAGCGGUCAUCACUCUGCCACAGGAGGUGACAGCCGCUGGCUUUGAACCCCUGCUGACGUUUGCCUACACAUCCAAACUUCUCUUCGGGAAAAACGAUGUGUUAGACAUACAUAACUCAGCUUCUGUCCUUGGUUUCAGAGACCUAGACGAAGCAUGCUUUGAUUUCCUCCUCCCUAAGUUCUUCUCCAGCAGCGAGGGCUCUGCCCCUGUUCCAAGAAAGACCUGUUGUAAGAAGAAAUGUAAGAGGCGAUUAUCAAAAGAAGACUGUGGCACUGACUCUGACGAUUUAUUGUUGGAUGAGAAAGAAGUAAAACCAGCUGCUGACUCACCAUGUCAGCAGGAAGUGGCUCAGCACUGUAACAAAUCAGUGAACAGCAAAAUGGGAAGUCAGAACAGCACAGGCACUAUUACACCUGUGGCUGAAGGGACAAAUGACCAUUAUAUGCAGUGUCCAAAGUAUCGCAAGUUCCAACUGGCUUGUGGGAAGGAAACUUGUGUCACAGAGAAAAGCCCGAACAAUCCAGUAACAGGAAUCAGGGAUGACUUUGCCCUCUCCUGCUCGCCGUGCCCCAGCAGUGUGGACAGUAAGAAUGAAGCUGUCGGUGAAUUUCCAAGUAAUUCAACCUCAAAUCCUACCAGACAGAGCAAAGGGGGGGGCGAUGAGCCGUGGCAAACUGAAACACAUGGCAAGAAAACAGACGACUGUGUGGGCAGAGGGGAGGUUGACAUGAUUGUGAAAGACACAAAUGAAAUGCAAAGAAAAUGGAACAAGGAGAUGGAUAUGGAGGAAGACAUCAGUUCUUCAAACACAUCCAGUAUCAAGGCAGUCUCCUCAGGGCCAAACAAAGUGCUGGGUGAGAGGUCUGCAGGGUUAAUAUUGCACCAUUGCCCCCUGAAGACCUUUGGUGAGGGUCCUGCAAUCACUGGGUCACUGGGGCAGAAGAGGUUCGUCAUGGACAUUAGAGAGGGCACGAAAACAAGGGACUCUGAUGCACUGGUGCCAGAAUCCAUUCAUCGAAAGCCAGAGGAACAGGUAGAAGCUGAGCAGAAAAGGGCAGACGAUGAGAUAGAUUGUGGCUGGCAAGAAAGAGGAAAAGGAGGACAAACAGGCAGCAUGGAGAGAGAGGCCCUGUCAGGAAGGAGCACCGUGGAGAGGGAGGUGGCCGAGCACCUGGCCAAACGGCUGGGGUCAGACAUGGGCUCUUCUCAGCUGAACUUCCACGACCCUGAUGCAGGAAGUUCCUCCGACACAGGGAGUGGACGGGCGCAGAGCUCAUCUUUAGAGUGGCUGAAGUUCCACAACAACCUCAGCUCCACAAGCACCAGCUGUCCCUUUUUCCGGGAUCUGGACCAAAGCAAAUGUUUAUGGAAGGGAGCAGAGCUGUCUGAGUGUGAGGGGGCGUCACAGUCAGGCGUGUCAUCCCUAAACUCAGGGGAGGAUGGAGAGUCAGAGACAGAAACAGAAGGAGACAGUGAGUCCUACUCCAGAGAGAGGGCCAGACAGGUGCAGUUGCCAUUCUCUGUAGACUGGAUUGUGGACCUGAGCAGAAAUGAUUUCCAACAGCUGCUGAAGCAACAGGUCUUUACGCGUGAACAGCUGGAGUUUGUCCAUGAUAUGAGACGCCGCAGCAAAAACCGCCUCGCAGCUCAGCGUUGCCGGAAGAGGAAACUUGACUGUAUACAUAAUCUGCAGUGUGAAAUCCACAAGCUGAAGACAGAGAGGGAGAAAUUGAUGAUGGAGAAGAGCCAGCUGAACCAACUGAAGUCCAAAACAUGUCACAGUGUCUCCACACUGUGCCAGAGGGUCUGCAACGAAGCCAACCUGCAGCCAGAGCAGCUCCAGGUGUUGGCCAAGUACACCUCCCCAGAGUGCCCUCUGUCCUCUUUAUUCCCUCACAUAGACACACUGCUUUCCCAGCAUGGGAUGCCGCUCCAGCCCCAGGCCUUACUCUCAGCCUGUUUUGUGGGCCGUGAUGAGUAUGUGACGUCCGAGGAGAUGUCGUCCAGCUCCAGAGAGGAUACAGUCACAAGAGAUGGUCAACUUUAGCUUUAGAUACAUACUCAGCACAUAUACUGCUGCUUUGUACAAAACCCAUAGGGUCAAUUUUGAUGUCAGACUGGUCUAAAACCAAAGGUUCCCACCCUGUAUCAUACAGGAUCUAAAGACAUUACCACAGACGCCAUGAGUACAGGCUCCACAAUAAAGCGGUGGUGCACACUCAUCAUGACAACAGAUUUAUAAUGAGAAGGCCGUAAUCAGCGCAGAUUUUAAUUUACUCCUGCCACCUUUUCAAUUUAAAACACAAAUUAAGGGGUCAGAAAUUGCAUUCCAGGUGUCCAAAACUAUUCAUUUGACCUUUUUGUCUCUGAUGACCUGUAGCAAAUGUUUUACGCUUUUCAAAUGGCUUAUUAGACUUCUGGUUAAAGCCCAAAGGGACCUGCUCACAAAUCAACACAGCCGGAUGCAUGCUGAGAAUGUUAAAAUGUUUUAGCACUGAGACAAUCACGACUUUAAUCACAAAUCAAAGGGAACAAUGCUCUUAAUAUUUAUAAUAUGCUUCACCGCUUGAUUACCUCAGGACAACACAAUUCAUCUUAUUUACUUCAGUUGUUUAGAAUAAUGUUUUUAUACAGAUUCUCAGGUGUUAAUAGGAAAACUAAGCACACAAUACCUCUUAUAGACAGUGUUGGUUCUGCCCUCUCUGCAUAGAGUGCAACACAAAACAGCAUUUUGCACCAAAACCAGUCGACUCAAUAAAUAGACCUGACAUAGUGUGCCAUGUUUACCUUCUGGUCAUAUGUCUGGCUAUCAUAUUUCAGGCUGUCAUUGUGGUCGUCUGACCACAGUGACACAGCUCUUCUAGGUUGCACACAGCUCUCAGCUUUGCUCUGACUCACUAUAAACAGACCUCACAAAAAUGUUGCCUAAAUGUGUUGAAAGUGCUGUCUAAAGAAACUGCACAUUAGCAGAGCUUUUAUACAUGAACAAAGUACACUUAUGGGAGGAACGCCGCCACACUCUGUGUAAUUAAAAACCACAUUAUGUGUCUGUCCUGUAUUGUAGCAAGUAUUGGACUCUUUUAUUACAUAUUGAAUGGAAAUACUGUGCGUUACCCACAACCUAAUUAUCUUAAACACAUCUUAUCCAAAUUCCUGUAAAGGGUCAAGUGAACUAUGUAGCAUUAACUCAUUGAUGCAUGUGGUUCAAGCAUAUUUAUGUGUAUAUUUUGUGUCUCCUGUGCUAUCAACAACAUAAUUACUUAUUUGUUUUGUGCAUCCCAUUCAAUACUCUAGCUUUUCUGUUGGCUUACACCUAUAACCUUUCACCUAUUUUCACCCCGCUCAUAGUAGAUCUUUGACACUCAGGACUCUUCACAGAAAAUCAGCCUUGCAACCUGCUUAUGAUCAAGUUUCACUGUAUUAUAUUUGUAUAUAUUUAUUGAUUUCUUUUCAUUUUUUGUAAUCAUUACAGUGCAGUUGGUCUUAAAAAUAUUCUGUAAAAUAUGAAAUGAUAUAGUGAGUACAAAAAUCGGGGUAACAUUAGUUUUACGAGGAAAUGCUGAGCAACCACACUGUAUUUUUGAUGACAGUGGGGUUUGAGGGUGUUAAGAAGUCAUUAACCACAAGAAUUUUUUUAUUUGUCUCCCACUAAGCCAACUGCAGACUGCACAGUCAAAGUAAUGUUAAUGCUGGUGCUUAUCGCCCUCUAGUGGCAGUGCCUGUACAGUCAAUAGACUGGGAGCUGUAUACAUGUGCAGGCCUAGUACAGUAUAUGCUGCACAAAUUGCUUCUGUGUUCCUUUAUUUCCAAUGCACAAAAAUGACUGUAUCUUUCUAUAACAAAUGGAUUUCUGCAUUUUUUUAAGCAAAAGUGAAAGAAAACCAAUCAACAUUAAAACAGAGAAAAAAUUGCUUCAAA